AUGCCUAGAUCAAAGCGUUCCAAGCUAGUGACACUAGCGAAUACUGAGAAGAAGGGUAGAGAGAACAAGGAAAGGAUUUUUGAUGAAGUGAGAGAAGCAUUGGAUACAUAUAGGUACGUUUGGGUGCUUCAUUUGGAUGAUGUGAGAACUCCUGUUUUGCAAGAGAUUAGAACUGGAUGGGCAGGAUCCAAAUUGAUACUGGGGAAACGUAAAGUGUUGGAGAAGGCGCUUGGUUUGAACCGUGAGGACGAGUACAGUGAGAAUUUGCACAAGUUGACCAGACACUGUGGUGGUGUAACCGGUCUGCUGUUCACCGAUGAGGAUGUUAAUGUCGUGAAGGAAUACUUUCAAUCUUACACGAGAUCCGAUUAUUCAAGACCUAACUCGAGAGCUCCUCUAACAUUUACAAUUCCAGCUGGUAUUAUCUAUUCUCGUGGUGGUCAAAUUCCAACUGAGGAAGACGUUCCUAUGGUGCACUCCUUGGAACCUACGUUGAGAAACAAAUUCCAGAUACCAACAAAGAUCAAAGCGGGAAAGAUUACUAUCGAAUCUCCAUACACCGUUUGUGAAGAAGGCGAAAAAUUGGACGUUCGUAAAGCAUUGAUUUUGAAGCAGUUUGGUAUUGCCGAUGCGCAGUUCAAAGUCAAGGUUGCAGCAUAUUACGACAAGGAAUCUUCUGAUGUGAAGAAGGUUGGUAUCAACAUGGACCAAGCCUGA